UAUUAUUUUUUUUUUAAUAAAGAAUAUAUAAUGGCAACUUUUGGUGAAUCAAGUUAUAAACUAGCUAAAGAAGCAAAAAGAACAGCAGAUCUCCUGGUAUCUCCUUACAAUGAAGAUUUAGUACAAAAUAUUUGUCGAGAAACACGCAUGCUUCAUACAAAAGCAGAAACUAUCUUACGUACUAUGCGCGACGAUGCAACAAUAGAUGGUCCUGAUAAACGAACAAGUCGAUUAACUCAACUUAUUAUGCAUCACUCAGCUGUCAAACAUAACAAACGGGUACUAUUUGCCUAUCAUCGUCAACGCAUGGAUAAACUUAAGGAAUUGUCAUGGGAUGUAGGAAGACAAGGAGAAUAUCAACGUGAUAUCAAGUCAGCGCUUGGUCCUCAAGAACAUCGAUUCUUGGAAGAAUAUGGGGAUAUUGUUGCUAGUUACAAAAAAGCAUUUUUGGAUAUCGAUCUUGGUGGAAAUGGUGGUGUUGGUUUAGUCCCUCCAAAAGAUUUGUUUAUUGAAGUACGCGUUAUCAAGGAUGCUGGUGAAAUCCAUACUGAAUAUGGUGUCUUGAAUCUGGCAAAAGGAAAUCAAUUUUAUGUGAGACGUACCGAUGUGGAAACUUUAAUCAAGGCUGGUUAUCUCAAACAUGUGUCUUAGUGUUAUUACUUCUUUAUACUCAUCUUCUGCUUCCCUUAUUUAGACUCUUUUUUUUUUUUUUUGAUCUUCAUGAUCAACUUUAC